UUUAUCGCAUAAACCUAGCUACUUCCUUCGAACCGCACCGCGAUGGGAAAGCGAGGAAGGUGGGACUUCGGCCGCUCCUUCGCCGGGAUCCUCCGCGAUCGCAUCGCUUCUUCCGGCAUCAACUUCGAAGAAGUUGUAGAUGUUGAUGCUCUAAUCGCUAAUCUGCGCUCUUCGAAUCGUGACUACGCCCGCCUUAAAGCCCAACCCUUUGCCCGCGCCGUACGGAGAACGCUAGCGUCUCUCAGCUGCAAGCCCGCCGCCGCAGCCGCUGCCCGUGAAGAUAACGACAUAGAAGAUGCCGGAAUUGAUCCUGCGAGUCCCGGAAUUUCUCGCAGCGCGCUCGGACGUGGUGACUCGGUAGACAGCCGUCUUCUUCGCUCUGAGACGGACGAGACUGUCUCCGACGCCCAGGUAGAGCCGGAGUUUGAUCUGAUGAAGUCCAUGCUUCGUGAUGGAUAUGGAAAGAAAUCCAACUCGUCGAAAAAGGAUGAGCUCGAGUCAUCAUGCGAAGAAGAACUGGAUUUGGAAGUGGAGAUGGAGAAGCCGAGGAAGAUGAGGAAGGUGCAGAAGGCUAUUGGCAGAAGUGGUCCAGGGAAUGAGGCUGAGAUCUCUAUUGAGAAGGAGAAUACUGGAGGUGGUGGGAUAUUGGAUUGCGUGAUGGAACAAGGGCCACGAUUUUGUGAUCUUGGUGGCAUGAAGGAGAUUAUUGAAGAAAUGAAACUGAAGGUGCUAUAUCCUCUUCUUGUGCCAGAGCUGGUACAGAAUUUGGGAAUUAAGCCAAUUACUGGAAUACUCUUACACGGCCCACCCGGUUGUGGGAAGUCAACACUUGCAUAUGCCAUAGCUAACGAGGCGAAAUUGCCAUUCCACAAGAUCGAUGCAACUCAAAUUGUAUCUGGAAUCACCGGUGCUUCUGAGGAGAAUAUACGAGAUCUUUUUUGCAAGGCACGUCGGACUGCUCCGUCGAUAAUUCUCAUCGAAGAAAUAGAUGCCAUUGCCUCCAAGAGGGAAAAUGAGCAGAAGGGGAUGGAGCGCCGAAUAGUGAAUCAAUUAAUGACUUGUAUGGAUCAAUCACGGAAAUUUCACAAGACACAUAAUACUAACUCAAAAUCAGAAACUUUUGAUUGGAAAUCUGAUUAUGUUCUUGUUAUUGGCACUACUAAUAAUCCUGAUGAUCUGGACUCUGCAUUGAGAAGAACUGGACGAUUUGAUCGUGAGAUUGCUUUAGGUGUCCCCGAUGAAAAUGCAAGGCUUGCAAUUUUGUCUAUUCUCACGCAUAACCUAUAUCUUGAUGGCCAAUUGAAUCUCUCUGAAAUAGCUCGGCGCACAUCAGGUUUUGUGGGGUCUGAUUUGGUUUCAUUGUGCAAUGAAGCUGGUUUUAUAGCAAUAAAUCAUAAUGUAGAUGGAAGAAAAGUUCAACUUUCAUUAGAAGGAAAAAGCAUAGAUGAUUGGUGUGAAGAACGCCCUGACGUUGAAGAAAUUAAUAGUGUUAAGAUUCGAAUGUCAGACUUUAAGGAAUCACUGAAAAUUGUUCAACCUUCUUCUAUGAGAGAAGGAUUUUCCCCAAUACCAAACAUUACAUGGGAUGAUGUUGGUGGUCUUUCUUCAUUAAAAAAAAUAUUUGAGAAGAUUAUAAUUGAUCGUAUAAAAUACCCUGAGGUUUAUAAGAAAAAUGGAGUCAAAUUCGAGGAUGGAAUUUUAUUGUAUGGGCCUCCGGGUUGUGGUAAAACAUUAAUUGUCAAGGCAGUAGCAAAUGUUGUCGGAGUCAAUUUUAUUUACAUAGAGGGUCCUGAAUUACUAAACAAAUACGUUGGUGAAAGUGAGCGGAAAAUAAGAAAAGUAUUUCGUCGUGCUCAGGCGUGUUCUCCUUGUAUAGUUUUCUUUGAUGAGAUUGAUGUUUUGGCACGUAAGCGCAAGGGAGAAAAUUCACGAGUUGUUGAACAACAAUUGGCCCAGCUACUUCUUGAGCUAGAUGGUGCUAAAGAGCGAAAAGAUGUAUUUGUUAUUGCAGCAACAAACAGACCUGAGGCUGUGGAUCCUGCUCUCCUAAGACCACGAAGGUUGGGCAAAGUUGUAUAUGUUUCAUUGCCUAGUUUUGACGAACGACUACUAAUAUUGAAGGCACUUGCUCGAGAGAUGCCUAUUUCAGAAGAUGUAGAUUUGGUUGCUCUGGCAGAGGAAUGUUCUAACUUCAGUGGUGCUGAUCUAGCUUCUUUGAUGAGCGAAGCUGCCACGGCUCUUUCAACAGAGGAGAUUGAUUGCAUAAAACAGGGUAUUGAGAUUACACAACAAAGUGGCAUUAAGCCAUUGCACUUUAGGCAAGUUCUGCAGACAAUCAAGCCAUCCGUCUCUGAGAAGGUAAUCUUAGAAUUUUUGCUUCAAGUAAUUCUAAUAAUUUCCUUUUCAAGUUGGGCAGAAGCCCUGUGCUUUGGACUACUUAUUCUCAUGUUUGUAGGCUUGUAGCAAUCUCUCAAUCUAAUGUUUGCCCACUGCAAACCCUUAGCCAUUAUUCUUGCCUUGAAUGAUUUGCACAUUAUGGUUGUUGUUUUUGUUUAUAUUCAAUUGUCUUAUUUCAUUUUGAAAAUCUUUCUUUUAGAAUUGCAAUUGAGAUUUAGGUACUGAAAACACAUGUGGAUUCUCAUUCUUUCAUUAGUUUCAUGACUAACAUGCUUGUUAUUUUUUCACUAAAUAUUUGAAUAUUUGUUCUCUAAAAACCACAUGCUAAGCAGAGUGUAACUUGUCCAUUUUGAAUUCAUUUUGUAUGCAGACUUUUUUAUAUUGUGAAUAUACUAAUUAACAUCUAUUAAACUGCAAAUGCAUAUAUUAGUACCUUUCAUAGCAAUACUAAAUUUUUAGAAUGAGUGGCUAGUCAAUUAACUUUUUCAAACCGUCCAUAUGUUUAAAUUUUGCAUGAUAAAAAUAUUAUCUCAUCACUAGUCAAUUGAGAUAUGCAGGUCUUCAAACUUUGUUGCAUGUCCUGCAACUUCAAUCGUGUAACUUCUAUUUUUGGUUCCUUUUUUUUUUUUUUUUUUAUUUUAGCCAUACAGGCCAGCUCCCUUCCUUGCUAUAUAUUUUUUUUUCGUGCAUCAUAAUGCCUUUCUUAUGUUUUGACAU